AAAGAAAAACAAAGUUUUGAUUUUUAUCUUUGAAGAUAUCGUGGAAACAUUCUAAUCUAAAGUCUAAAAGACCACAUAUUGUCUUCGUGAGAUUUCACGUCUGGUAUCGACAUAACAUGAUUACAAGGUUAAUCAACCGUUUUAUUGAACCAUUCAGAAUAAACAUAUGCAAAAAACAAAAGACCUUCCAAGCGGCCUAAGAAACUCAGUCAAUCACCUUCUUUAUUCUUUUCUCAAUCAUCACUCAUCAUCACUGAGACAGGCUGUGACAGCAAUGUAGAUAUAUCCAUUUCAAGUAAGCUAAAUAAAACACCAAAUAUUUAUUGUGGAAAUGACCUCUCAUCCAAACAAUGAAAUUAAUUAGCACAAUUUAACAAACAGACCAAGUUAUAAUGGGAAAUUAUAAAUCAAGACCAACAAUUUCUUGUACAGAUGAAUUAAAAAAGAAAAUCAGUGAGAGUUAUGCAUUAUUUAGAUCAAAAGUCAUAGAAGAAUUGCGAUCCAAAGAUUCAGAAUGGUCAGAAAUCCAGCUUGCUGCCACAAACACUUCAGAUCUGAAUCACCUUAGUAAAUUGUUAGAGGAAACAAACAUUCAAGAGAAAACAGAGGCUGGACUUACUUUACUCCAUAUAGCCUGUAUAGCAGGAGUUCCUUCUAUACAGUUAGAAAGAAUUCUUACAAAAGGAGCUAAUGUCAAUGUUUUAAGUAAAAAUCAAUUCUCACCUCUGCAUUUGGCCACAUAUAGGGGUGAUUCUGAGCAAGUUGAAGUAUUGAUUACCCAUGGAGCUGAUGUAAAUCAAACUGGUCACAGCGGAGUUUCUGCCCUUCAUAUAACAGCUAUGUGUGGUCACCAUGAGAUAGCAAAAAUUUUGCUGGAAAGUGGUGCCAAAAUUGAUAUGGGGGACCUUGUUAAAUUUACCUCACUACAUAUAGCUUGCCAUUUUGGUCAUGAAAAGGUAGUUGAGUUACUGCUGAGUAAUGGAUCUGACAUCAACAUCAGUGGCAGCGUGGGGGACAGACCUAUACACUUAGCCAGCUCUAAAGCUAAUCUUAAAAUCAUGCAGCUCUUAGUUGAAGGAACAUCACAACAAAAGGCAGAUGUAAAUGUUAAGGAUGAUGAAGGUCACACCCCACUUCAUUUCUGUUGUAAGUCUGGUCAUCUGGUCACCCUGCAUUAUUUACUUGACCAUCAAGCCUUGCCACAUGAGGUCAACAUUUAUGGAGAUACACCACUUCAUCUGGCCUGUUACAAUGGUAAACUUGAGAUAGCUAAACAGCUGAUAUCACAGACAGGUCAAGAUAGCUUAAACAUGGAGAAUUUGUUCAGUGAAACACCAUUACACAGUGCUUGCACCUAUGGCAAAAAUCUGGAGCUUGUCAAGUUCUUAUUGGAGCAGCCAUCUGUGGACAUAAACUACCAAGGUAAAGAUGGCCACACAGCUCUCCACAGUGCUUGUUACCAUGGUCACAUUAGGUGUGUCCAGUUCCUGCUGGAGAACAGGGCUGACAUGAACUUAGUCGCAGCUAUCAGUGACCAGAGUGGGGACAGUGAGAAGAGAGAGGAGCAAACUGCUUUGAUGUGGGCUUAUGAAAGAGGAUUUGACUCCAUUGUGACACUGCUGAAACACUAUAAAAGACCAAGUGAUGAAUCAGCUUGUGGUGACUACUCCCAGCCUGGCAGCCUAGAUGGUUCUUAUGUUGCCGUGCCAUCACCUUUAGGAAAAUUACGCAGUAUGACCAAAGAAAAGAUAGAUGUUCUACAGCUGAGAGCUACUCUGUCUCAUCAGUUCCAUUUACAAAUCACAGACUUAGAAUUCCAGGAAACAAUUGGUUCAGGAUCUUUUGGAAAGGUUUAUAAAGGAAAAUGUAAAGGUCGAACUGUUGCUAUUAAAAGGUACCGUGCCAGUUCAUUUGGUGCCAAGUCUGAUGUGGACAUGUUUUGUAGGGAGGUGGCAAUCCUGGCUAAACUCAACAGUCCAUAUGUCAUCAACUUCAUUGGGGCUUGUCUUGAUGAUCCCAGUCAAUUUGCUAUAGUUACCCACUAUGUAUCUGGUGGUUCACUGUUUAGUUUGUUACAUGAACAGAAGAGAUUAAUUGAUAUCCAAUCAAAGCUGACCAUAGCCCUAGAUGUGGCCAAAGGAAUGGAGUAUCUCCACAACAUGCCACUGCCCAUCAUUCACAGAGAUCUAAACAGCCACAACAUUUUACUUGAAGAGAAUGGUCAUGCUGUUGUUGCUGAUUUUGGUGAAUCCAGGUUUCUACGCUCAGCUGAUGAAGAUAAUAUGACUAAACAGCCAGGAAACCUAAGAUGGAUGGCCCCUGAGAUCUUCACCCAAUGCACAAAGUACAGUGUUAAAGCUGACAUGUUUAGCUACUCUCUGGUCCUGUGGGAGCUGUUAGCUGGAGAACUACCUUUUGCCCACCUGAAACCUGCUGCUGCUGCAGCAGAGACAGCCUACCACAACACCAGGCCACCUAUAGCCAUCACAUUCCCCAAGCCAAUUGUUUCUCUCUUACAGAAAGGCUGGCACACAAACCCUGAUGAAAGGCCAGAAUUCCGUGAGAUAAUUCCAGUCCUAGAGGAAUGUAAAAGGUCUCAGGCUGUGGCCAUGUUGAGUAACUCUGACACCUCCACUGCCAGCCUGCCCAUGGCCCUACCUAUGGUCACAGGGCAGGACUCGGAUGGGGAGGGCAGGGACACACCACCAAUGGCUGGCCAUGUCUCAGCACUACGCAACCACUGGGAAAUGGAAGCUUCUAGAAACAGUGGCUCUGUGGCUACUGAGGAAAAAAGAAGAUACCCCUACCCACAGCUAGAUAAAAAUGGUUAUGUGUCUGAUCCCCUGUCUACACUGAGGAUCUCUCUGCCACUCCAGAUGACAUCACCCACCUGUGAUCAGGACAGCUGACACCUGUACUUCUCUAACCAGCACACCUGUACAGCCAACUGUGACCAGGACACCUGUACAGCCAGCUGUGACCAGCACACCUGUACAGCCAGCCAGCUGUGACCAGAACACCUGUACAGCCAGCCAGCUGUGACCAGGACACCUGUACAGCCAGCUCUGACCAGGACACCUGUAAUAUACACAUCAUCUGUUUAUAUAGGUCCAAAAGCACAAAGUACUUGUUUGUUCUUUUAUAAUUGAAGAAUGUUAAAUGUAAUUUUGUUUAACUUGUGUCUUUAUAAAUUAAGCAGCUGUGGGUUAAAAAUUAAUUACCAUUAACAGUUCUGUCAUAUUUAUGUUUCUGUGUAUGUAUAUAAAAAUUAUACAUAUUUAUUUAUUUUUAUGCUAUUUAAUUGUACUGACAACAAAUGUGAUCACUGUGCAAGAAUAUUAAAGUUGUGCUUAUUUGUAAGUAGUUGUUUAUAUCGCUCAUUCUUUUUUAGUAACAUGGUUGUUUUAGAAUAUAUUGUCAUUUUAUGUCAAUUUAAAUCAUGCCAGCAAUUUUUUUACAUCGUGUUCAUUUUAAAUAGUUAAUCUACCACAACUUCUAGUCAGUUGAAUCAAGCAAAUACAUGCAACACAGAUUAAAUGAUGAUGCAUCUUGUUUAAAAAUGUUUGCUGUCACUUAACCUCAACUCCCAGUACCUGUUAUUAACAAGGGCAUUAAUGUCAGAUAUUUAGCCAAUUACUGCCAUGAUUCCUUCAACAUUUUAUUUUUUCAAUCAAAACCCAUUUGAAUGGUUUUUAAUAUAAAAAAUAUAAUAAUUAAAAAAAAAUCUUUUUUAUUUAAAGUAGAUGUUUUUCUAGUCGUUAAUAUUUUAAAAUUUACAUUACAUUUUAUCUAUAAUUCUCUAUGAAAGCCAUAUAUGUAUAUAUAGUUUGUAAAUAUUAUUUUACUGCUGUAUCAUUGCGUACUCUGUGUUUAGUUUGUUCUAGUGUGUAAGGAUAUGUCCGGCCAUCAGAUACUACCAGCAUACAACACUGAUGGCUUAACUAAACAGUGAUUGAAUUGUUUUUAAUCAACUGAAUAUUUUACACAUAUCUACUUCUGUUUCAUUAUUUAAAAAUUCAUCAAUUAUUGAAAAUCAUUUUUUGAGUUUUGUUUCAUGAAAUAAUUUGGUUGUUUUUGUUUUGUAUUGUUCAAUCUGAAUUUAUUUCUUUUUUCAUACUUCGCCUGUGUACUCAAUUUAAAUGGCAAAAAUAUGAAGGUGUACUAAAAUAGCACAAUUAAUAUAUAAUCCAUUUAAGUGAUAUUCAAAAUACUUUCUUUGUAAUAGAUAAGAUUCAACAAUAAAGUGCCUUUUUGGUA